AGUCCACGAAAUUAACGUCUUUUUGUUUCUCCGGGAUUCCAGCUUUUACCGACAGCGAAUGGAAACAGUCGGUGCUCUUCUAUUCUCUACAUUCCUUUCUUCCUCUCUCUCUCUCCUCAAUCUCUCUCUCUCUCUCUCUCUCUUCCAUCAAAUUAAUGUCCAUAAUCUAAAUCUGAGUUUUCUCUCUCUAGAUCGCACAAGGAAAACUAACAAAAAAAAACAAAAAAUUAGAUUGGGGAAGAAAAUCAUGCACGCCAUUAAAGACAGAGUUUACGACAAGCUUUCGGGAUUUUUUUCUGAUUCGCGAACCUCUCAUGGGACGCUAGAUCAUGAAUCUGAGGCCAGGCAAUAUGCCAAGGAUGGGAAAUCGCAGUCUUCUAUCAUGUCCUUCGUUCUCCCGUCAAUUAAUUUCGAUUGGUUUAAAGCAAAUGGGCAGGCUAACGAGGUCAAAUCUACUGAAUCAGACUCGUUUAAAUGGAGAAGUAAAAUUUUUUCAUUGAAAGAUAAACCUUUGGAUAGGUAUGCAGAAUGUGAUAACGGGUAUGAAACUAAAGAAAAUAUAACUUCUCGUGAAGAAAAUAAAGAACCUGGAUCGGGGACGAGCACGAGUAGUAGCUCCGAUGUAUUUGAAGAUUUUGCUAGUCCGCAUAGUUUCGAAAAGUCAAUGCCGAGCCAAGUGGAAGAAUCUGUUUUCAUUUCUCCGGAUUUGUAUCAGUUCUUUGAAGCAUCUCUUCCUAAUAUAGUCAAAGGUUGUCAGUGGGUUUUGUUGUACAGUACGGCGAGAGAUGGUAUAUCGCUUCAUACGCUUGUCCGAAAGAGUGCUGGUUUGACUGGACCUUGUCUAUUGAUUACUGGUGAUAAGCAAGGUGCUGUAUUUGGUGGAUUACUCGAUUGCCCCUUGACGCCUACUGCAAAAAGGAAAUAUCAAGGAACAACUCAAAGUUUUGUUUUCACAACCAUGUAUGGUGAACCAAGACUCUUUCGACCAACUGGCGCCAAUAGAUACUUCUACUUGUGCUUGAAUGAUUUGCUUGCUCUUGGAGGCGGUGCACAUUUUGCUCUAUGCUUGACUGAAGAUUUAUUAUCCGGGACCAGUGGACCUUGUGAAACAUUUGGCAGUUUGUGCUUAGCUCACGAUCAAGAGUUUGAAUUGAAAAAUGUAGAGCUGUGGGGAUUCACACAUUCAUCCCAAUACCUCAACUGAAGCAAAAGAUGAUAUUUGGACUUCCCGUGUUCGUUUUCCGAGAAACCAACCCAAAUUAAUGCAGAUUUUUAUUUAUUUAUUUAUUUAAUUAUUCUUUUUAUUUAAAUUACUUGGACGGGAUUAUAUAACUAUGUCAAACUCAUCUAUUUUGCUUGAAAAGGGAACCAAUGUACAUGGCAUAAUUCAUUAUUCAAG